UGAAAUGCACGACCGACAUUACCUUCCACCAAAAGCUUCAAGACAGAUGGUAGCGCAGACUUCCCAAUAAAGAGAGAGAGAGAGGGGAGACAAGAGGAAGGAAGUUGUGGAAGAUUGUUUGAUAAAUAAAGUUAAACUCUCUGUUUUCUCUCUCUCUCUCUGGGGAAACUACAGGGAGGAGAGAGAAUGGAAGGGAGAGUGCAGAGGGUCCAAGUAUAUGGGUUUGCAAGAUUGAUCUCUUGUUGUGCCUGAAGGUUGAAGCUUUUGUUGUGGAGAAACAGGUUCCACGGGAAAGCAAGUUAGAUAUGGGAUCUCUGGCAUUUGACACCGAGAGCUUAGAUUCAGAUAUGUACCUUACUCUGGGGCUUAAGGAAUCAGGCAAAGGAGUUUUUGGAACUCCACAGAUUUUAUCAAUUCUUUCUUCACUCCUUGAGAAGUCUAUUCAGAAAAAUGAGAUAAUGCAGGUUAAAGACACUGUUACAGUCUUUCAUGGUCUGAGAGCACCCACCAUAAGUGUUCAGAAAUAUAUUGAUAGGAUAUUCAAGUAUGCAGGCUGCAGCCCCUCCUGCUUUGUUAUUGCAUAUAUCUACGUGGAUAGAUUCCUUCAGAAAAAGGAUAUCCAUUUAACUUCACUUAAUGUCCAUCGGCUUCUUAUAACAAGUGUUAUGGUGGCUGCAAAAUUUACUGAUGAUGCAUUUUUCAACAAUGCUUACUAUGCAAGGGUCGGAGGAAUAAGCACUGCUGAGUUGAACAGGUUGGAGAUGAAGUUUUUGUUUAGUUUAGAUUUCAGACUCCAAGUAAGUGUCAAGACAUUUGAAAUAUGCUGUACUCAGCUGCAAAAAGAAGCUACUGAAGGGCGUCAAAUUGAACGCCCUAUUAAGGCCUGUGGAAUGAAAGAGAGCUGGUCAAACAAGGGGGAUACUACUACAGCAUGUGCUCCAACCAGCGCAAGAUGAUGAUACUCAAAUCAUCUCAAUGUUUCAUUAUAACUCGAGUUUUACUUGAAUGCAGAAGAGUUAGAUUUUUUUAGAAAGUUAAAUGUUGAUACCAACUGUAGUUUAGUGUGUGAUGAUUGCAAUAUUGCUUGCACCCACAAUUUGUUUUUCCUUCAUUGCUCGGUAUAGGUUUUUAGGGUUUACUUUUGUUCAUGUUUCCAUUGUGGUUUCCUUUAAGGCCUUCACACCUUCCAUUGUGCAAAAGCAUGUAUGUUACAUGAAGGGACUUCAUCUACUGCUUGUCUUUUCAACUUCAGUUUUCUUGUCAUACAUUCCGUUUUCUAUCAUAAAUAAUUUUUCAGUUU